AAAAAUAGUUUUUACACUUUCAAUUCAUAUCCACAAUCUAGCUUUUAUCUCAAUUACUACUACUACAACUACAACACUACUAGGUACCUCUACAUAGGGAGGAUCAUUAUCAUAUGAAUCGCGAAAGAGAAAACACGUGUAAUUUUUGAAAAUUAAAUAAACAGCGAUAUAUCCCUUUGCUAAAAGCUAUGGCAAUAAGUUAAUGCAAGUAAAUGGAAGCAAGGAGUAUUCUUUCACUAAAUAGAUUUUUUGAAUUCGUGAAUAGGUACAUUUGAUAUUGUGGAAUGGGGGUACGAAGAUUAGCGCAAUAUUUAGUGGCAUCUGCCGUGGCGUUGGCCGGUGUGACAUUAGGAGUUUCCUCAGGCUGGACCACCACAGUGUUACCUAAGUUCCAUAACAAUGAGACCAUCAUUUACAUUACUGACCAAGAAAUAUCAUGGGUGGCGGCUAUCGCAUCUCCUGGUUACAUGACUGGCAGCCUAACAUCCAGUUUUAUUGCUGACAAGUUUGGUAGACGAUCCGCCAUCUUGAGUAGUGCUCUGCCUAUAAUUAUAGGGACGAUUAUGAUUUUGAGCACUGCAACAGUUUGGUGGCUGUAUAUUGCGCGGUUCCUAUGGGGCAUCGGUAUGGGUAUUAUUGGAACGAUAUCAUCCAUCUACUUAGCGGAGGUAUCAGACAAAGAGGUCAGAGGUACUAUCACGUCCUCAUUUCGCUACAUGAUGAGUUUUGGCAAUUUCCUCACCAUGGCAGUCGGGUCCUUCGUCUCUUUUGAGAAUAUUACUUGCUUGCUAUUGGUUCUCCCGCUAGCUUACUUCAGCGCUUGCUGUUUCAUUCCUGAAACUCCUUAUUACUUGUUAAAAGAAGGGAAAUUAAAAGAAGCUAGAGCUGCGCUGUUGAAGUUAAGCUCCAAUAAGGAAGACUGGAUAGUGGAAGAUCGGCUGUCAGCAAUGAGAUUGGACGUUAAAAAGGAUAUGCAAAGCUCCAGUUCCAUUAAAGAGUUAUUUACCGGGAAGCGUUACCGCAAAGCAUUGAUUAUUUCUAUUGGCUUGAAAAUAACUCAAAUCAUGAGCGGUACGCUUGCCAUCCUACAAUACUUGGGCCGAAUUUUUCAGGAGAGCAACACGAAUAUUAAUCUUUCGACUGCUUUGAUGGUAUUUGGAGCAGUCCGAUUUGUUGUCGGUAUUUUUUCGUCCGUAAUAGUGGACAAAGUUGGACGACGACCAUUGUUCAUAUCCUCCUACCUGGGUUCUAGCAUGGCUCUCACCACUAUUGGAUUAUAUUUCUUCCUACAACCAACCUUUUCUAUAUUCUCCAGCUACAUCCCAUUUUUCGGCCUCAUGAUAAUAUCUACAAUAAUAUCCAUUAUUGGCUAUGAUACAUUAUGCUUUGUGAUCACUGCUGAAAUAUUCCCUCUGAAUGUCAAAUCAGUCGCGAUGACAUUUCAAAACAUAUUAGGGGGGUUUUUAAACUUUUUGGUUGUGAAAGGGUACCAAGAAGUCAAGGAUGUCGCUGGUCUAACUGGAGUGUUCUGGUUCUUUGCCUGCUCGUCACUGACAGGUGCUGUAUUCUCAUUCUUCUUGGUACCAGAGACGAAAGGAAAGAGUUUGAGAGAGAUCCAAAUUGAGUUGCAAGGAGAAUUGUAUGAUGAAGUUGACAAAAGUAUACCUAAUGGAGUCGUGAAAGAUGAUGAUGAUGCUACAGAGCUGAAAGAGUUGAAACCUGAUAAUACUUGAGAUCUUCGAAUAAAAGACCGUGUUAAAGAUGAUCAAGUGAAUUAAAUUGUAUUCCGUCUGGUAGUGGAUAAGUCAACUGGCAUGUACCUCUAUAAUUACUUUUCAUGUAAGCUAUUACUUUGAUUUAAUAUGAAAGUAAUUGUGAAGCAAUGGUAUCUUGUGUCAUAAAACUUGUAUUUGCUAUUACUUGAACUCAAUAAAAUAUCCUUAUUGUC